AUGGCCAAACAGUUUUAUACACUAGGUGAAAUUCUCGCCGUCGCCCGCCAUCACCCUUUAUAUAACACAAAUGCUAGAUAUCCGCUUUCCCCCACCGAGGUUUUGUCAGUCAUCACAGCCGCGCAGUCCAAUGACAAUGCUUUACAAGAAUACCGGAUCAAUGAGAAGAAGGACAUGUACGUUAAUAUGGUUCGCGAAAUCUGGUAUAUGAUUCAGGCAGCUAAUCACAUUGAAUUAAGCUUCUCUGUAAUUGAAAGACUGGCAGCAGAUGAUUCGCCAGAGAACACCUUCCGUCAGAGCUCUUAUACUAGCGUUACGGGUGGAGGUUGGAGCCGUGGCAUUCCUAUGCUAUUUCUUACUGAUAGCGCAGAGAAUCGACGCCAACGUGAGAGUAUCGGUGCUCUGAUUGAGGCAGUAGGAAUCGUGCAGCCCACAGAUUGGAUAUUGAAUAUCCACGUAUCUGGAUACUUAUAUCGUUCCCUCGAUUUAUUGACGGAUGCUCUAGAGUAUGCUGGAGGAACAAUACUUUGUGCUGGAGGGGAUAUGUCCGCUGAAUUAGUUACCAAGACUCUGAUACAGUACCGGUGUAACUUUCUCACAGGUCCUGUAACGGAGCUCAUCAAGUUAUCUCGGCACAUAUCAGGUCUCCCAUCAGAUGUUCGGAGCCAAAUCCGGGUAGCAAAAAUCCUUUACACCUCCGAACCUUUAUUCCAGUCCCAACGUGACCUUUUGAUGGGAACUUUCAAUUAUCCCCUGAUUUACUCUGGCCUUGGCAGUGCUGAGGCUGGAUUCUGGGCUGUUUCAAAUCCGCAGCUCACCGAGGUUGAAGAUGCCGCCACUGCCCACGAUGCAGCAGACUUCAUAUAUGAUACGCGGACCAUGAAAGUUGAGAUUCUCACCCAAUCAUCAUCUGAUAUCAAUUCGCCCUUGGAUCAGCCCGUUGCUGAGGGUUCCCCCGGUGCUAUUGUCCUCACCUCCCUGCAGCGUCUUCGGAACCCAUUAGUGAGAUAUAACUCCGGUGACAUCGGGUCUUUGCAUCCGCUCCCUGCCAAGGGCAAAAUACAAAUUACACCGGAUGUUUCGCUACAUCUGCGGUUGCUGCGCAUCUACGGCCGCGAUAAACAGUUCAGCUUCAAUUGGGGAUCCAACUAUUUCCUCUAUGACACCGUUCAUAAUGUGAUGCUGACCAAGGAAUUUGGAAUCCUUCAGUGGCAGAUUGUGCUUGGUUGGGAAGAAGGUCUUCAGGGUGUUGAAUUCAUGGAGGUCCGUAUUUUACGGGAGUGCCCGAGCACUGCCAAAGAGUCGAUCCUCCCAGAAGAUGAACUGGUGGCGCGAAUCAAGUUCAGCUUCCUAGUCAUUACAAAUCCUUAUUUCAGAGUUGUUAUUGUGAAUGAUGUGAAUGACUUUGAAAGAAGUGGGACUGGUAGGAAAGUUACACGGAUGGUUGACCGCAGGUGA